AAACUGACUCAAAUGAUUCGCGAUCCCGCUCCGAACUCCCAAACUGACUCAAAUGAUUCGCGAUCCCCAUAACUGACUCAAAUGAUUCGCGAACCCGCUCCGAACUCCCAAACUGACUCCAAUGAUUCGCGAUCCCCAUAACUGACUCAAAUGAUUCGCGAUCCCGCUACGAACUCCCGAACUGAUUCAAAUGAUUCGCGAUCCCCAUAACUGACUCAAAUGAUUCGCGAACCCGCUUUGAACUCCCGAACUGACUCAAAUGAUUCGCGAACCAGCUCCGAACUCCCGAACUGAUUCAAAUGGUCCCCAAACUGACUCAAAAAAUUCCUGCCCCCUUCUCGCCACCCCAUCAAUAUUUUUCUAGAUCCGCCUCUGCAGUGGAGGAAUGUCUCAGCUUUUUCCCCUGGUCUUUGGGUUCGCUGGUGAAACUGCGCCCUCUCGUGUAUUUAUAUUUGCUGCCCUGUGAUGAUGUGGGAGGGUCAGAAAAUAGCAUGAAGUGUAUUUAAGGGCCUUACUAGUCCAACUGGAACUUACUAGAUUUUACUUUUUAGAAUCGAAAAAACAUGACAGGCAGGAUGGAUUUAUCAUCACAAGAAUACGAUCCCACUCAGCUUUGUUUUCCUGCAGUGAACAACUCUUGUUUAAAAGGGACACAUCAUGUUUACACACAGACUGUGGUGUAUCUUGUAUUGGUGUCUGCAAUGACUGUGACCAUUCUAGGAAAUUCGGUGGUCAUCAUUUCCAUUGCGCACUUCAAACAGCUCCAGACUCCCACUAACAUCCUUGUGAUGUCUCUGGCUCUAGCAGAUCUGCUGCUUGGACUGUUGGUCAUGCCUUUCAGUAUGAUCCGUUCUGUGGAUGGCUGCUGGUAUUAUGGAGAUGCCUUCUGUUUGCUGCACUCCUCUUUUGACUUGUUUCUCGCAUCAGUGUCUAUUUUGCAUCUUGUUUGUAUUGCUAUUGAUCGACAUCAGGCUGUUUGUUAUCCACUUCAGUAUCCUACAAGAAUAACCAUACCUAUUGCAUGGGUCAUGGUGAUGAUAAGCUGGACUAUGAUUGCAGUCUAUUCAUAUGGUCUGCUGUACUCAAAAGCUAAUGAGGAAGGACUGGAGGAAUAUAUAGAAUCAAUAAAUUGUAUAGGACAUUGCAGUCUGUUUUUCAGUAAAUUAUGGUCUGUUUUAGACACAUUAAUAACUUUUUUCUUUCCUUGUUCCGUCAUGAUUGGACUGUAUGUUAGGAUUUUCGUAGUUGCAAAAAAGCAUGUAAGAACAAUCAGUGAGGCAAACCAGCAUGAUAAUGAGAAUCUGUUUAAAAGCUCUCGACGAUCUGAACGAAAAGCAGCAAAAACUCUUGGUGUGGUCGUUGGUGCUUUUAUCAUUUGCUGGUUGCCAUUUUUUAUAAACUCUGUGAUGGAUCCUUACAUCAACUUUUCUACCCCACUUGCUCUCUUUGAAGUGUUUGUCUGGUUAGGCUACAUUAACUCCACCAUAAACCCCAUCAUAUAUGGCUUUUUCUACCCAUGGUUUAGGAAAACCCUUUCUCUCAUUGUAACGAGGAGAAUUUUAGAACCAAACUCAUCUGAUAUCAAUGUAUUCACAGUUUGAUUUAAUAUUUCAACAGUCACUAUUUUUAUAUUUACUGAAAUCAUUU